AUGAAAGCAAUUAAAGGUGGUUUAGAUAAUAUCAGUAACGACUUACGCAGAAACUUGAACGCUGUUAAUCCACAUUUGGGCAAUCCACACCUGAGCAAGUUGCUCACUUCCGAAAAAGCCAUUUGGAAUAGUUUGAGUACUUGGUCUUAUGAACAUAACGAGUCGUCAAAGUACCUGGUGGCUUGGGGAAAAAGUGAAGGAAAUGACUUGAACGAUGUCACGGAAAAACUUGCUUAUUUGAUUGCUAAAAUGUCUGAGGUUGAGGGUGUACUUGCCGACAAGUACUCCCAAUAUCGUACACACCUAAAGGAUAUACGUACACGAGAAUCCUCGAUAAAAGACCAACGCUUCAAAAAAGAAUCAUACUGGUCGAAAAUUGAGAAGGAAGAACGACGCGCUAGUACUUCGAAACAUCCGGAAGCGAACCAAGCAAUAAUUGCAAAAUAUCAUAAGGAACUCGAGAAGUUGGAAAAAGAAUCGAUUAUUGGACAGGAAAAAACUUUAGAAGCUGUCAAAAAUGCCAUAGCUGCGCUUGGAGACUGGAAACCUCCACAGGAUCAUCGGCCUAUUCCUCCACCACGACCUCAAAUUUCACCCAAUUUAGUACCUUCUCAAGUCGAAACAAAACUUCCACCAUCGUCAUCAUCUUCAUUAUCAGAUACAAAAACGCCUUCUCAUGGACUUGAAAUUCCGUCUAUAGACCAUAAUAAGGAUGAUAGCGAUGAGAUUGAAGAACCUUUCCAAGAUUUUAAAAAUAUCUCAGAGAGAGGUUCUUUAGGGGGUGAUUCAUCAAACGAAGCAGAUCAAAGUGAUCUUGAACAAACAGAUGUUACAGACAUAGAAGGGGAAAAAAGAAUGGCAUUUACUGCAUUUUCUCCUCCGCUUUCCCCUGUACGUCCGAAUUUACAAGUUCAUUCUGAUACACCAUACAUAGUGGAACUGGCACCUUCUGUGAAUCUAAUUCCUCAAACUGCUGAAAUUAAUGAGGUGUCAUUAUCUGAACCAAUAGCGAUUACAGAAUUGAAUUCUUCUACGGCUAUUGCGUCAUCAAAUACCGAGAAUAUAAUAGAAACACCUAAUAAUAACACGAAUGAGACAGACGCAACGACGAAAACCACCGAAAAUGCUGUUAUCGUACCUUCAGAUUCCACACAGACUGAUAAUAAUACGAUACAACAGACAUCUGAUCCCCCUCCAUCCAAUUCUGUAAUAACAAAUGGAUCGGAAGAGGAAGAUCAGCGUGAUAGACUCGUUCCGCCACAAAACAUUAACAAAAAGGCGAUUAAACACGUACAAUUUAGUGACAUUGAAGAUGAAAUACCAUGA